GGAGAAGGUGUGACACAUUAAGGAGGGCAGAGAGCAGGGACAAGUAGGGCAUGAGCUGAUGUGAGAGAGGGGCCUCAUUUAAUCCUCACAACAACCAUUUCACAGAUGGGAAAACUGAGGGUCAGAGAGGGGAGGCAGUCACAUCAGGUCACCCAGUAAGUGCAGCUGGGGUUGGAAUCUGGCUUUGCUUGGCUUCCCCUCUGCUCACUGAGACAGAGAGUUGGCAUAUGAGCUGGACAGGCCACAAACAAGAGGCUGGUUACAGCUGCCCAUCAGCUGCCCUCGCAGCUUCCUGUCUCUCAGCCCCACAGGGUUCAUGGACGGGGGUAGCCAUGAGGUCCUGCCCCGAAGAGCACUACUGGGAUCCCCUAUUGAUGGUCUGCGUCUCCUGCAAACCCAUCUGCAGCCGUCGGAGCCAACGCAUCUGUGCAACCUUCUGCAAGUCACUCAGCUGCCGCAAGGAGCCAGGCAGGUACUAUGACUAUCUUCUGAAUGAUUGCAUCAGCUGUGCCUCCAUCUGUGGACAACACCCCAAGCAAUGUGCAUACUUCUGUGAGAACAAAUUCAAGGAACAGAGCCAAGUAAACUUCCCUCCACAGCUCCGAAGGCAGAAGACUGGGGAGGCUGAAGCCAAGCCCAACAACUCAGGAAGCUACCAGGGACCAGAGUCCAGAGGCUCGGAGGCAGUUUCAGCACCCCAAGGGCUGAAGCUGAGUGGGGGCCAGCUGGCCCUGGUCUACACUACGCUAGGCCUCUGUUUGUGUGCCGUUGUCUGCUGCUUCCUUGUGGCCAUGGCCUGCUUCCUCAAGAGGAGAGGGGGCCAGUGCUCUUGCCAGCUACCCCACGAGCCAAGCCACACUCAGGCCGAAUCCUCCCAGGAUCACUUGAUGGAAGUUGGAAGCGUUGGGGCCGGGACGCCAGAGCCGGUGGAAACUUGCAGCUUUUGCUUCCCAGAGCAGAGGGCACCCACCGAGGAGAGCGUGGGGGGCCACAGGGGACAGGGCCUGGCCCCCACGGAGAGGUGGCAGCCCCUUCCUGGGACCACAUCUGUGCAGCCUUCCUCCAGCGACGAGGACAGCGGCCUCAAGAUCAUAUGUGCUCCCUCCCAGGAAAGGGGUCCCACCACAUAGAGCUCAGAGAGAGACAGACAGAAACAUAGAGAGAGGGAGAUGUCAGAGCAGGAGGCUACUUCACUCUCUUGACCCCGGUUCUCUAUGUAAACUGUCGCUCACAAAUACCUAAAAAUAAAGUCAUCUUCGCCUGCUGGUCAUGCCCCAAGAACCCCUGCAGAAAUAAUGCCCCUGGUGGCUGCAGCUCCUCACACUUGGUCUUGGCUGUGUCCUUACAUGGCCCUCACAUUUGCCCUCCUGGGACUGACCCACAGCAAAAGCACCUUGUUUCAUGCACACCUGCAGUUUCAAAGGUCCCACUGGGCUCAUGGGAAGUUUAUCAACUUGUGCUGGGUUGUGAGCAGCUAGGUACAAGUAACGGUGGGUCUUUCCUUCUCUCUUUCCCUGAAGAGGGAAAGAAAAUAAAGAGAAGACUUAAGAAGGGCAUGGCA